AUGAAUGUUGUGUCGGAUUGUAGUCUCCUGACCGGCCACUUGGAAAAUUGGCUAGAGUCGCGACGUUGCAAGCUGGGCAUUCGGUUUGAUGAAAUCGCCAGUGUGGAUGAUCUUGACGAAGUUGAAAGGAAACUUUUCACAGAACUCGAACAGGGGCACAACCGCCACAGUAGUACUAAAAGUGGAAGUUGUAUCAGGAUCACCAAGUCUUCUCCUUCUGCACGAGGACAAGUAGACCAAGAAACUUCUCCUCCAAACCUGACGUCGCCCCCAGGACAAAGAGAAGAAACCGCAGCGCCAUGGCUCGGCAUCCGCUUGUGCGUGAUGGAUGAACAUUGCAGGUUCUGGAGAGCUUGCUUACCUAGCGCGGUGCCCGAUUUUUCCAGAAUCUGUGCUGCGGUACUGGGCAAGGCAACGGAGGCGCGGGUCUAUUGGCGAUUCCCGGCAACUAAAGUGUCAAGUAGUACAGUUGACCAAGCAGCAGACGCUUCCCUUUGUGGGUUCCGUGUGUUGCUGCAUGGCUCGAGUUGGAUCACUCCAGAGCCCUGCAUUUGCUUAGUGCCAUGCAAUUUUGGCAAGGGCGUUGCAUCUGCGUCAUUUCCUUACCUUACCACAGCAGCCGACGAGCAUGCAGUCCAGGGCCCAGAAUCGGUUGCCUUCUCUUCCCUUACGCUAGGAUCCGGUGCUGCGUUAUGGCAGCUCUGCGCCUUUCUUUGCGAAGUGGAGGCGUCGGUAGCGGAGAAAGCAAAGAAAUUGGUGGAGUUGCUAUCAGGAUGAAAAACGUCCGUACCCCAUGUGGCCUUCUCAGCUGGAACAGUCUUUAACUGUAACAGCGUAAAGCUUAAACUCAUACAUCAUGCAUGUUGAAGGGCAGAGCUAAAGUCAGAGUCUGCUCGCUGCAGUCUUGCGACGCGGUGCGGCUGUCUUGCUGCAACCUUACGUCAGUUUUGUAAUGUUCGACGGACCUCAGCAUGAAGGAAGCGAGAAUUUUGAGAGACAAUUGGCCCAGCGAGGGCGAUAUUUCGUGACGCCUUUCGCCCUCCCAUGCCUUCGCCCCUCUCACUCCUUGCGAAGCAAAAAAUGGAUGCGUCCGCAGAUCGUGAUCGAUCUGCUUCCCGUAGGCAAACGCGGGACAGUUUUAGGCCGGGGCUUAAGGGCGGUAGUGAAGAUGUUCACACCUACUAGCAGACCGCCCGAAGUACUAUAGCAGUGAAAGUCCUCCUCUCUCUCGCUUGCUUUUUUCCUAUCUUUUCGCUUUCGAUGUGUGUCCCCAGCAUCUACGGAAGUGUUUCCAAGCGUUCGCCUGCGUUUGUGGUGGCGGUCGUUCUUGCGAGCAAAGAAAAUUCCAUGUGGAAGCUUUGCAAUGCAAGCACUCUGCAUUGCUUGGGGUGGAGGGCACUUUCAACCUUGAUAGUUGCAGAACCGGAUACAAGUAGAGAAAAGCUUCGCUCACCAGCGCGAUCGGGAUUCGCAAGCGGCACGAGUAAAAUUCGAAUCGGAGAAGGAUCAUAUGAUCGCCCACGCUAUUGCUCUUCUUAAUGAAGAAAAACGAAAAUAA